AUGCGGCGGAAGCAUGAGGGGGAGAUGAGGGCACUAAGGGCCGAACGGGAUCCUCCCGAGCGGUCCGCCUCGAAUCGGGAAAACGCCAAUGAGGCAAGCCACAAUCAUGUCAGUCCGAACGGUCGGGCUAAAAGGGAACUGACACCCUUGCAGGUCGCCCGACCAACCAGUCUAUUGCCUUUCACGAUAACGAUCAUGCAGACGCCAAUGCCUGAAAGGGCUCCCCCCGUAUUAGAUAAGUAUGAUGGUUCGGCUGAUCCGGACAACCAUUUAAGAACGUUCAGCAAUUCAAUGGCAUUCUAUACAGACAGUGACCCUAUCAUGUGUAGGGCAUUCUCAUUGCCACUAAAGGAAGAGGCCUUGGAAUGGUACCAUACUCUUCCUCCCAACUCAGUGGAUUGCUUCGCUACUGUGGAAGACCUCUUUAGGAGACAAUAUGCGUCCAAUCGAAAACAGGAGAUAACACCAGUGGAUUUAAUAAACACUAAGCAGGAGAAAGGAGAAACUUUGAAGGCCUUUAUGAAGAGAUAUACUGAAACCGCGCGACGAGUUAGAGAGGUAGAUCAAUCUUUUAUUAUUAAUAAUCUGCCUUCGUGUAUGAGACCAGGAUAUUUUGCGGAGAAAUUGUAUGCACGGCCGCCAAAAACGAUGGAGGAACUCCAAGACCGAACAGCUGAAUUCAUCCGAAUGGAGGAAAUGUGUUUGUCGCAGAAGAAGCGACAGCAAGAAGGAGAUACAGGCGGAAGUGGAAAGGACGGCAAACGACCGUUCGGCAAUAACGACAAGAAUAGAGAGUGUCCCAGGCCAGUCAAAUUUCACCAUUAUACGACACUCAAUGCACCCAGAGCAAAGGUCCUUGAAGAAGCCUUUAGAGCGGAACUUAUCACACCUUUAAGGAAGUCUUCUCCAAGAAAUGCAGACGAGAGAAGAAGUUGCCGGUAUCACCAAAACCAUGGACAUAAUACAGAAGACUGCAUCACGUUAAAAAAUGAAAUAGAGAAUCUUAUCAGGGCAGGACAUCUACGAAGGUAUAUAAAGGAAGCAAGAUACGACCCCCCUAAGGAGGGAUAUUCGAGAAGGAACCCCGACCGGUCGAGCAGGAAAGACGAACGACGGCAUGGCUAUAGUCGCAGUCCCAGUCGUAGUCGGGAACAGUCGCUUCGUGGAGUGAUUAACUAA